CUUAUAAAGCGCUUCGAUCUAGGCUAUAAUUCCAUUCGAGCUAGCUACGAAAUCUGUUGUAAUUACCAACUCUAUUCGAUAAUGAUCAGCGACGCGAAAUUUCAAUUUUCGCAAUCAACUGCGUAGCUGAUAAAGCGAGAGCGGAUAUUGAGAUCAUUUUACAUAUAAUAAAACUAGGCCUAUUCAUCAAAAAAAUUUAUCAAAAAAUAAAAAAAAAAAUGAUAACAUAUUAUCGAGGUAGCUACUAGUAGAUUUCAUUGAUUAUUCAGGCUAGUGAGUCGGACGAGCGGCAGGUGAACAGGCAGUUAUCGGUUUUAAACGCCAGCACGAUCAUGUCCGCCGACAAGUUUAUUUUUCCGUUAAUCGCCUUCUUAACGCUCGGAGGAACUUUUGCCCAUGUCACUGUACCAAGCAAGUAUUUUUGCACCGAGGCGAAGGAUUGUCCGAUGAAAGAUGCCCUCUGCCAGGAAGGAGUUUGCCAGUGCCCAAGUGGAUUCAUCCUCAGCGCUACAGGAACCAAGUGCUUAAAAGUUGCUACUGGCUACAACGACAUUUGUGAAGAAAGCGUUCAGUGUUCGAAAUUUCUAUUGACCGGUGGAACAUGCGAAAAUGGCCACUGUGCUUGCUUACGUGGAUUUCAUUACCUGCACGGCUAUUGCUACAGAACCAAAGGCCUCUACGAAACCUGUUCCUUUGAUGAAGAAUGCAACGGCUUCCCCGAUCCUGUUUCUGCACGUUGUGUUAAAAAUCAAUGCCAAUGCCAAGAGGGAUUUUACGCAAUAGACUACAUUUACUGCCGCAGGAGACAAAAAUUAGGCGAAAAGUGUUGGGUGGAUGAAGACUGCGGAAAAGAUUAUAAGUGCAACGAAUCUGAUAAGAAAUGCAGUGAUAAAACUACAAAUAGCACAAGCCAACCGACCCCAGUGACGCCUCCUCCAAAGGACCAAAAAGCAAAACCGAGUCCUGUAAAAGUCGACGUAGCUUGCGAGUCAGAUGCUGACUGCAAAUCGAUCAAAAAUUCUCAAUGUGGCUUGGACAAAGUCUGCAUCUGCAAAAGGGCUUUUUACGCCUCGAGCGAUGCCCAGCGGUGCGUGCCCGAAAUCGGCGAAGGUUGCAAUUCGAAGCCCGAUGAGUCAAGCGUGCUCAACUCCCUUUGCGUAGAUAACACGUGGAUCUGUCCGAUUGACCAAGUUCCGUCGAGAAGUAAACAAUCAUGCGACAAAGCUGUACAAAAUUUUGGUGGCAAAUGUAAGACGUCGGAGCAGUGCCAUUUGUUUGGUCCAAAUACCGAAUGCAUAGACAACAAGUGUUCCUGCUCCAAAGGUUCGCAUUUAUUAAAUAAAAAAUACUGCCAUUUGAGUAGGAGCUUAGGCGAAACUUGCAACACAAAAGAUGAGUGCGUUGUAGCAGGUGGUAACAAAGUACCCUUGUGCGACGGGCGUUGCAAGUGUCCGAAAGGUUCACACGUCAGCGAUGAUGGCGGUUUUUGCAUCGACGACAACUUGGAACUCGGUCAUUAUUGUGGCAAGGAUGAACAUUGCGCAGGCAAAAAAGAUGCUGUUUGUGAGAAAAAUAAAUGUGUUUGCAAGAAAAAUUUCUUUGAAUUUAAUGGAAAUUGUUUAAGAGGUUUAUCAGCGGAUUGCUCGAAAGACGACGAAUGUAUAAAUUCAGUUGAAAAAGAUGCUGUUUGUGAGAAAAAUAAAUGUGUUUGCAAGAAAAAUUUCUUUGAAUUUAAUGGAAAUUGUUUAAGAGGUUUAUCAGCGGAUUGCUCGAAAGACGACGAAUGUAAACUAGUAAAUUCAGUUUGUCAAAACGAUAAUUGCCAAUGUGCAGAUAAUUACACACCUGCUAAGAACAAUUUGGCUUGCUUAAGGAAAAAAAAAAUUAAUGAAGAGUGCAGCAAAGAUAAACAAUGUAAUGCACAGACUGACAAUUCCUAUUGCCAUCUUAAGGAAAACGAGGAAACAGGAAUCUGCAAAUGUUUCGAGUCAUUCUAUCACAAAAAUGGUCGUUGCUUCAAGAUAAAAAAGCUCGGUGAAAAAUGCAAAAUGAGGAGCGAAUGUGUGACCAAAACAGAGGCAGCUGUCUGCAUGAAUGGUGUGUGCCGCUGCGAUUUUAAUGCCCGGCAAAUGCUCGAUUUCAUCAAAGGCGUCUCUGUAAUUUUAGUAGCUUUACUCUCGGUAUCUGCAACUGUGGCCGAUGACGCAGCAGGACUAAUUAACUCGACUUGUAAUGUAACCUUGGAAUUCGAAUGUAAAACAGUCAAUUCCGAAUGCGAUAAGAAAGAGGAGCUUUGUAAAUGCAAAGAGGGUUUCGUACUCGACGGUUCGCAAACUGAAUGCUUGCAAAUCUCAAGCGGCUACAAUGACACAUGCACCGACAGCCGCCAAUGCUCGGAAUUUCUCGGGGCCGGUGGCUUAUGCGACGACGGACUCUGCAUUUGCAAGAAAGACUAUCACUACUUGCGCGGCUACUGCCAUUUUACAAAGAAACUGGGCGAAUCUUGCGAUAGACACGAAGACUGCUUCGUUCACGCUGAAUAUGGAUCGGUCAAUUGCGAUCCCGUAGAAAAAAUCUGCAAAUGCAGCAAAAAUUAUUACCAACGCGAAUACAGCACCUGUCGGAGAAAUGUUACAAAGCCGCACGAAUAUUGUUUGGUAAACGACGAUUGCAUGUCUUUUGAGAAAUCAAAGUGCAUCGAAAACAGGUGUACCGAAAAGAAAACCGAUCAGCGUCCAGAGGUCCAUAAGGCCGAAUUCAGAGCUGUAACUAGAUACGAUUAUAUUCCAGUAAACGGUGGAACAAAAGUCGGGGAUAAUUGCACUUCGCACGAAGACUGUGCUAGAACUCUGGAAGAUUCCUACUGCGGCGUUGACAACAAGUGCAAGUGCAGACGUGAAUUUUUCCCCACUUCCGAUAUGAAGCUAUGCAUACCUGAAAUCGGCGGGGGUUGCUCCAACACGUCGUUCCAGGAACAGCGAAAAGUAUUCGGGGCCUAUUGCCAAGACUCGCAGUGGACGUGUCCCGCUUUCAAGGCAGCUUUGAAAAACAAUCGAGAGUGCGUGGACCUCGCGGCCGUGAACGGUGGAUCGUGCGACCACGACGAGCAAUGCCAGCUCUAUGGACCGAAAUCGACGUGCGAUCUGAAAACUCGAAACUGUUUGUGCGAGAAUGGGACGCGUUUCUUGGAAGAAAAACAAUUCUGUUGGGUGAUCAAAUAUUUCAACGAUAAAUGCGAAGGUCACAAUGACUGCUUAGCGCCCAAAAACAGUCCCAAGCCCGUUUGCUUGAAAAGAGACGAUAUGUCAAUCAAGACCUGUUCGUGCCCGGAAAACUCCGAAUUGAGCGAGAAUGCAAAGUUUUGCAUCAACAACGAGCCAAAAAUGGAGGAGUAUUGCGAAAAGGACAAGCACUGUCAUAUACCUUUCUCUACCUGUGCUUUCAAUAAGUGUAUAUGUUCGACUGGUUAUACUUUGAUCAACAAUACCUGUCUAGCACAUUUAAAUUACGAGUGCAAAGAGGACGAAAAUUGCAUGUUCAAAGGAGCAGUGUGUCGCUUGGACGAUAAGAAAAAGACGUGCCAGUGCCCGGACGAUUUCGUUCCGAAUCCGGAGGAACACGAGUGUAUCCAUACCUCUAACUACAACGAGACUUGCCAUUACGAUACUCAAUGCAACAAAAAGUUGGAAAAUGCCGUCUGCCACUUUGCCAACAAGACUACGGACGCACAUGGCCGUUGCCGCUGCGACAAGAACUACUUCCACGUGGACAGCGGCUCCUGUCUUAGGAUGAAGUGGUUGGGCGAGGAGUGCUGGAGAAAUGAUGAGUGUUUCGCCCCGAGCACCGAGGCCGAGUGUUCGCCCGAACAUAAGUGCAAAUGUCCGCCGGGCAAAAAGCAAAUAGACAACGACUGCAAGGACGGUGCGACUUCUCUCGAGCAGUUGUGGGCUGCUAUACUCGUAUCGCUAUUCACUUUCUCAAAUUGCCCACAUAAAAGUGUCAACAAUAUCGUAGCUCGAAGCGCUCAUUGCGUAACGAGCUCUCCGAGUCUAUGUACACGAGUUGAUUUGGUCAACGAAAAUUUGACGCAAGCACUGACGAAUCCAAGAUGACUGACAAAAAAAAUAUCCCUGCACUUAUUUGCCUCAUCCUCCUGUCCACGUUGAGCUUAUCAGUCAACGGGGACGAGAGUACCAACAUACGGUGCGACGAAGCCGUUUUGUUCGAAAAUUGGUGCCAUGAGAUGGUACCCGGAACCACGUGCAAGGAUGGCU